UGUAGCAGGGUCACGUGAUACGCUCGCGUCUCCUGUAAACAUCGCAUUCACCUCCGGCUACGGCGAGGGAGGCGACUUAUUGUUUUUUUAGCGAAUAUAAAAGUGCGCCCGGAGGAGGCAUAUGACUAGUUUAAGUCAUAUAUAACAUUGCGAAUAUGCAUAUGGCUAAAUGUGUCAAGGAAAGCUUCGUAGUACGUGGUUUGUGAACCAGAAAGUAACGCCUGUCCUAAUCUGGACGAGCAACACACGCCGAGGUGCUAGUCUUACAAACAGAAAUGGAUCAAGGUGGCUGCCAAAUGAGCGGCGGUGGUGGUGACGGCAGCGGGCCCGACCAACCCGGUGUGAUCACACUGGAGGACCUGGAGUCUUUCUCGGAAGACCAACUGACAGACUCGGGCAACGGCAGCCUCGAAGAAGGAAAAACCAUGGAGGAAGAGGAAGACGAACACUCAGACCAACUGCUGCAAUAUUGGCAGAACGUAGCGAGGGGACACCAAGUGGAAGUUUCACAAGAAAUGGCAGAGCCCAUUCGACAGCUAACCACCAACAACCGAGGACGCAGUAACAGAGAACACAUCCCUUUCACUCUCCUCACACGCAAAGAGAAGUGUGGGGAGCUGCUGUAUGAGAAACGUCACUACGAAAAGGGCCACUGGGCUUGUAUAACAAUGCGUGAGGACACUUAUGAACAGAGCAUCUGCUAUGGUUUUAUGAGGAUAAUGAAAUACAUCUGCCAGCAGAACACCUUGGGCGACUACCUCGGCAUGACGCUGCCCAUCAUCACAGUGGUGCGCACAAAUGAGAACCAUUCUGUGGUCUCCCAUGAGGUCAUUGUGGCCUAUUACCUUCCCAAUGAGUAUCAGGCCCAGCCCCCACAACCUCAAGACGAUGAGAUCACCAUAGAGAUGUGGCCCGCCACUACUGUAUACACAAGGCCAUUUACUGGUCCCACCAAUGAAGUGACCAUCAUUAAUCAGAUCAAUGCCAUGGCUGAGCUGCUGGAUUCUCCUGGUGCAUAUGUCAAUGACUCGUUCAUUGUGGCCGGUUACACCAACCCCGCUCACAUCAACCGUCAGAAUGAGAUCUGGUUCCUAGAGCGACGCUGAGGCACGAGAAGAUACAGCAUAUUAAGCAAAUUAUCUGUGACCCUUGAAUCGCAUAAGACUCCCUUAACACUGUUGCAGCUCAGCUACAGCCUCAAUCUUUAGUCAACACACAUCUAGCUGAAAUGACCACCUGAACAAACCUCAGCUUUUACUCUACCCUCAGUGAAUUUUCAAUCAUGUUCAUUUAGAUAGAUCCUCAUUUCACCCAUAAAAACUGAACCAAACCACUGCCAUACUCUCAUGGACACAACCUGUAUGUUAAGAUGAAGCAUAGCAUUUAACUCCUGCUCUUACAUUGAAGUG